UAAUGACACAGGGUCCGGAUGUCAUUACCUAAUAUCCAAAAACCCGUCGAACUCCUACCCUCCUCUUGACAGUUUAACGCUCUGACUCCUUGUAGCGAGACGCAAAAACACCGCUUCGCUCGGCUUCGCCUCCUUCAUCUUUCUCUCCGCACCCAUGGCGAUGUCAUCUUCCGAACAACCACUGAAGAAGCGAAGGCUGUUCGAUCCGCCACCGGAUACCGUGUCUCAGCCGGAGACCUCCGUGGCUCCACCGACCACUCCACCUCCGUUGUCUCAAGAGGAAAUUCUCUUGAGGAGGAGAAACAGGGACGAGAUUCGAAGUGUUUACGAGAAUUACAAAAGGAUUAAGUCUUGCAUUUCCCUGAAAGGCAAAGAUGCUCGGUGCAUGCCUGAGCUUGAACAAGCUUACCAUGCUCUAAUAACUGCUUCUAGAGGUUGUUUAAGUGUACAGCGUCUUGUGGCCGAUUUUGUUCCUCGAUAUGCCUCACACUGUCCAACUGCUCUUGAAUCUGCUACGAAAGCCAUCAUCGAUGUGCAUAACUCUAGCUUGGCAGUGAUAAGUAGGGGAGAAGAUGCUGACAAUGUCGCAUUCCAAACUGCUAAAGCUUGCAUUUUUGGUCUGGCUGAUAUUUGUUCGAUGGCUUCUAUAGAGGCACCAAGUUCAUUGGUUGCAAGAGGCAUCUGCUCAACUGUUUUCCAGAACGUUCUCUCGUUUCUCAUAGCAUCCUUCCAGGGGAAGGAAUUGUUUCAAAUUGUUGAUAGAGAUAUUUGUAAAAUUCUGGAUUCUGAUGAAAUGUUUUCCAAGCUAAAGCAAAAAUUUUCUGAUGAAGAUGAAUCUUCAUUGACUAAGUUAUUCAAAUUACGAAUUUUGAGUCUACUCCGGAUUCUAUCCUGUUGUCCAAAAAAAUUGCUCUCUGCCUGCUUUGAGCUCAUCAGGUCAUCUGAAACUGAUGAAGCUGAUAAAGGGCUAUAUUUUCUGAGACAGGCAACAGGCAGGCUUGAUGAUCUUGAUCCCACUUGUGGUUUAGAUAAAAUAAAAGUAGAGCCUAAAAGCUGUAUGGAUUCCCUUGGAACAAGCACCAAAACCAGUGUGCUUUCUGGUGAGACACCUGGAUCAGAUAGUUGCACUGCCAUAGAAGAUUCAUCUUCUGUUCUGAAGAGCUCUUUGUUGGGUCUGGUUUUUGGUAAAAAUCCAUCCUUGAGAAAUUGGAUGCUCUUAAAGUACAAGAAAUUAUGCAAGUCAUCUCCGGCUAAAUCUGUGCCGGAGAUUGUAUCUAGCUUGGAAGGAAUCUUUGAAUUGUUUGGGGAAGGUAUUAAUAUGGAAGCCAGUCUAGUAGACAGUGAUGAGGAUGAUUCUGAUUCCUCUAAAUUUUCUAGUCAGCCAAACUUGAUUUCUAGAGGUUCUAAUCAACAUGAAACCUUGAGUGACCAAUCUGGAAGAGGUAAAUCAAGCAAUGAGACUUGUAUUGAAAAUUUGUCAGGUCAAUAUCUGAAUCCCCACAUUGUUCCUCCAGAAACCAAUCUCCACUUAAAUGCUGGUUCUAGUCAUGAUAGUGGAGGUUCAAGGUCCAUGGACUUCGAAAGGCAUGACCAUGGGGAUUUGACCAGUAGUAGGUCUUCUGUUCCAAGGGACCAAUCAAGCCAUCAGUUGCUUUCACCUGCUACUAGAACCCCACGGGACUUAAGGGGUAAUUCUUUUGAGGGUAGAAAUCACUUUAAGAAUGUUGACAUGAGUCAAGGUUCAAAUUCAAGCGGCACUUCUGCCUUAAGAUCUGCUAGUGGAGGUGUAAACAAUGCUUUGGCGUCACCCAGUAAUCGUUAUGGAGCAUCUUCUCUAAGUGUGUGGUAUUUUGAUAGUGAUCCUGCUAGCUUGGGUAUUUUCUCAGCUUCUCGGCAGCUAUGGUUGGGAUCUUUAGGGCCUGAUGCAUCUGAGGGUUACAUAAGGUUUGAGCUAGAGCGGUUUGGUCCCAUUGAGCAAUUUUUCUUCUUUCCAGUUAAAGGAUUUGCUUUGGUUGAGUAUAGAAACAUCAUUGAUGCGAUAAGAGCUAGGGAAUAUAUCCGUGGCUGUUUUCCUUGGCGAGUAAUGUUCAUGGAUAUAGGGUUGGGAACCAGGGGUUCUGUGAAUGGUGUUUCUGUUGGUUCUAGUUCUCAUGUUUAUGUAGGAAACAUUUCGAGUCAAUGGGCAAAGGACGAAACUUUGCAUGAAUCAAGGAAAGUGAUCUACAAGGGUCCUUACAUGGUUAUUGAUCUUACUUGUGAAUGUGCAUUGCUGCUGGAAUAUGAAACUCCUGAAGAAGCUGCUGCUGUUAUGGCACAUCUUAGACAACAUCGAAAAGAACGAAACGGCCAUAUGCCUCCAUUUAAUGCAGCGGCACCUGCUGUCUCUAUGCCCCAUGUUGACAGUGGAAGGUCUGGUGCUGCUCCACCUAUCCAUGCUGACAUAAUAAACAAUACGUCUGGAAACAUGUCUAGCAGCUCAAUGGAACUUGUAUCUCCAAAGUUAAGGAUGGAGAAUCAUGGAACUCCAGCACCUGGUGCACAUCCAUUUCAGUCAAACUGGCCUCCUGAAGGUGCAGUGAGAAAAGGUGAUGGUUAUGACAACAACCUUAUUGCAGAUCCUGCACAAGGGGGUGGUGCUGCUGUCUCUGGUGCCUCUGCACAAGUAUGGAGUUAUCAGAAACCUGAAAGUGAGAUGCAUUCUGCACCUGGGAGCAUGCCAUGCAUCAUGCCUAUAGCAACACAAAACCUUACUGCUCCACCACCACCCCCACAACUCCAAGCACCUCCAUUUAUGCGACCUGUUUACCAUCCUCCAAACAGUUCCUGGGAUCCCAGAGGUUUGAAUCACCAGUUUCCUCAAAAUCCAAUUUCACCUGGUGUAGUGCCUAAUACAUUUCAUGGCAAUGCUGUUCCACCUCCACCUCCACCUCCCUUUGUAUCUGCUUCUGUGACUCCACUUGCUCAGAUGCAAGGACCUCCAGUGCAGCAUUUUGAGCAGAGGUUUCCUCAUCCUGUUGUUCCGCCACCUCUAUCAUCAAUGCCACCUCCGCCGCCACCGCCUCUAUCUCCACCACCAUUGCCUCAGUCGUUGCCACCUCUGGUUCCCCCUCCACCUAAUUCACCGCCUCCUCCCCCUCCUCCACCUAUAGCAGAAUCAACUGACAUGGGUAGUUCUGAACAGUGUGUAAAGUAUCAGUGGCAGGGCUCAUUAUGUAAGAGUGGAGCUCAUUAUUGCACAAUUUAUGCUCAGAGACUAGAUUCAGAUCUUUGCAAAUAUUCAAAUGCCAGUCCUGAGCCCACAGAAUGGCCUGCUAAACUAGACAUGACCAGGCGCACAGAUUUUCGGCAUGUGAAGUCAACAUUCACCAAUACCCCACCACAUAAAAGAGAAGUUUGUUGUUUGAUCCCUUCUUCCACAAGUGACCGUAAAGGCUUUCAGGAUUUUAUUUCAUACUUGAAGCAGAGAGAUUGUGCAGGAGUUAUUAAGAUUCCAGUAAUGAAAUCCAUGUGGUCCAGGCUUCUUUUUAUUCUUCCAUACUCGCAAGAUGCAUGUUCCAUGCUUUCUGUUGCACCACCUAAUGCAUCUGACUGCCUCAUUGCCCUGGUUUUGCCCAAAGAAACAAACUUUGAGUGGGUUUGAGCUUCAUGGCUUACUUCCACAGAAACCCUUGUUCCAGUCUAUGAAUCUUUGGGAAUGGAUAAAUGGUACUCGUGCAUCACCAGCAGAGGGGUAAGAACCCAGAAAAAAACCAUGCUGCUUAUCUCCAUAAUCCAUUGUACAGAAAGCCUUUUUGUCCGCUGAUAGCUUAUUAGUUUUGUUAGGUACUACAUGACAGAACGAACGUUAUAGUUUUAAACUUAGAUUGAUGAAAAAAAAGUCAUCACUAGUUUUGUUGGUACUGUUUGAUUUCAAAUCCUGUACAUAAGCAAUAUUUCUUUUGUUUUUGUGGCAAAGGCGGAAAUUAUUACUGUUCCUAGGAUGCGAAA